CGGCAAAUAAACCAGAAAUUGAGUGCCAAGUCCAUCUUCCCUUUAAUUUAGCGAGUUUUGAAGCUCUAUCGUAACCCAAACAGAAAAGCCAUGGCGAUGAAUUGCCCGAGUCACUCCCUUCAACAUCAUAUUCAGAAACCAGCCCUCCAAUUGCAGAGAGUUGUUGUAAAGAACAAACAUGGUGAGAAGCUCGUUGGUUUAUUACAUGAAACUGGUUCUGAGCAGCUUGUUGUUGUGUGCCAUGGAUUUCAAUCUUCCAAGGAAAGGAUCCCAAUGGUGAACCUUGCUGCUGCUAUAGAGAAAGAAGGGAUUACUGCCUUCCGCUUUGACUUUGCUGGAAAUGGGGAAAGUGAAGGUUCAUCUCAGUAUGGAAACUAUUACAGAGAAGCUGAUGAUUUACAUGCUGUAGUCCAACGUUUUCGUGAGCAAAACCGAGUGAUUGUUGCAGUUAUUGGGCAUAGUAAAGGAGGGAAUGUUGUGCUUUUGUAUGCUUCAAAGUACAAUGACGUCCAUACAGUAGUCAAUAUUUCUGGCCGGUUUAAUCUGAAGAGAGGCAUUAAAGGGCGCUUGGGUAAAGACUUUUUACAAAGAAUCAAGCAAAAUGGAUUCAUUGAUGUCAAGAAUAGAAAGGGAAAAUUUAAGUAUCGGGUGACUGAAGAAAGUUUGAUGGAUCGUCUAACUACCGAUACCCAUGCAGCUUGCUUAUCAAUUCAGCCAGAGUGCAGGGUUAAAAAACAAAGACUGCUUUUAACUCAGCUAUGAAGUCACUCAGAAAACAUAUGCUGACACUGGUGCUGGAAAGAAUCAGGCCAAGAAGAAGGUCAUUACUAAGGAGGACAGAGAACAGAACAUGCACCUAUUGCAAUACAUGAGACCAGGCUAGAGACACAGCUUCAAAAUUCAUAGAUACCUAAAGUGGUUCCAAGAUUACGAAAGGAAAAAUAUUACAAGAGCAAUGGUUCAGGAUACUGAUACCACUGGACAUUUAGAACAGGAAAGAAAUGAAGCAAGAUGGGCUAGUUAUGGACCUAAAUAUCAUGUUGCAUAGUCAAGAGGAGAUUCUAAAGUAUAUGAAGGGCCAAAAUCAGAAUGCAAACAUCAAUGAAGCAAGCUUUGUCGCUUGGAAUGACUAUGCAGGUGAUAAAUCUUUUUUUUUUCCUUUUCACUUUAUUAGAACUGUAAAUCAUGACAAGGGAAUUUGGAUAAUAGACACAGGAGCUUCGACACGUAUGUAUAAUGACUUGAAUCUAUUUUUACAACCAUUAAAAUUAACUAAAACAAACAUGAUCACCUUCCCAUGUGGAAAUACCAAAUCAGUAACUCAUUCUGGCCUUUUAAAUCCAAAACUUCACUUGAUAGAGGCACUAUAUACACCAAUUUUCAAUUUCAAUUUAUUAUCUGUUAGCAAGCUAGCCAAUAUAUUUUCUAUUAUUGUCUAGUUUUUUUUUUCACUCACUGCAGUUUUUAGGACCUAAUAACUAAUGAGAUUGUGGCUGCUGGAAGCAUGCAUGAAGGGUUAUACAGAUUGGAUAAAGAAGUUAAAUAUAGCUAUAAUAAAGUUAAUCAAGUUGUCAGCAACUUACAAACAGUACUUUGGCAUUCAAGAUUGAGGCAUCUGUCCAGUACCAAACUUACCCAUCUACCUACUGGUGUAAAGCAUAAUGCCUAUGAGUAUGAUAUUUUCCCUUUGGCAAAACAGUAGAGACUUUGUUUUACUAAAAGCAAAAUUAAUACUAAUAAAGUAUUUCACUUUAUACACAUUGAUCUUUAGGAUCCACUCCAUCUCACAUUCCACCUGCUCAAAAUCCUACACCUCAUACUGAUCAUCCUUCACCUUAAAUUGACCUACCCAUUGACUCUUAUCUUCACUCGGCCUCCUAAUUCAGCCUGCCCCAAUCAGGAAAAGCACCAAAUCAACACAAAGCCAAGAUGGCUGGAAGACUUUAUAGUUAGCACUUAUAAUGCAUCCAGUACUGAAAGCACAUUGCCACAUAAUGAGACUAUAUUGCUCUUACGUCCUAACCUUUCACACAUCACCUUGCACAAGUCCUACAUAGAUUUUAUAGUUGUUGUGUCAAUUACUAAAGAACCUAAGUCUUAUUUACAGGCUAAAGAGGAUAGAACUUGGGUAAAGGUUAUGGAAGGCUGAAUUACAUGUCCUUGAACUAAAUAAUACAUGGAUUCUCGCUCAAUUACCUGCAGGAAAUAAGGCUAUAGAGUCCAAAUAGGUGUUUAGAGUAAAAUUCUAAUUAAAUGGAAUGAUAGACAAGUACAAGGCAGGGUUAGUUGCCAAAGGAUACAACUAAAAAUCAGGAAUUCAUUUUCAUGAUGUUUCUCAGGCUAAAGUUAGUCACUGCCAGAAUAUUUGUUAUUAUUGCUAUUGUUUUAAAUGGCGUAUCCACUGAUUAAUUAGACAUUAACAAUACCUAAUUACAUGGGCAUUCUGAUGAAGAUGGUUAUAUGCAACCACCGGAGAGAUACACUAAGGCUAAAGAAGGACAAGAGUGAAAAUUAAACAGAAAUCUCUAUGGCUGAAGCAAGCCGGACGACAAGGAAAUAAAAAACUUACUGCUUGUCUAAUUGCUUAUAGGUUCACCCAAUCCCCUUUUGAUCACUGCUUAUUUACUAAAGGUUCCUAACAACGUUUUCUAGCCCUUAUUGUUUAUGUGGAUGACGUACAUCACUGGAGCUUGUGAUCAAGAUAUUCUAAAUGUAAAGCAAUUCCUGAAUGCUAAAUUCACUAUAAAAGACCUGGGAUAUCUACACUGCUUUCUUGGUAUUGAGGUAGCCAAAUCUGUUACUAAGACCAUCUCGAGCCAAUAUAGAAAUAUGUCAAAGACAUCCUACAAGAUGCAGGAUUGGCAGAAAACAAAUCUGUUUCAACCCCUCUCUUUAAAGGUCUGAAACUUACAGCUAAAGAUGGUAGUCUCUGACUUGAUGUUCGCCACCAAUGGUGGCGAACAUUGGUAGUCGUGGGUCAAUGCUUGGUGGCGAACAUUGGUAGUCGUGGGUCAAUGCUUCGUCAGAGAUUCCUGACGAAGCAUUAAAAGAGUUCGACACUGUUUCUUCACAUGCACAGCCAGGAGACUUGGCUUAAGCCAAAGUCUCCUUCUUCUUCUCUUUCCCCCUUCAAAAUUUUUUAUCCUCCUUCUCCUCUGCGCAGCUUCCUUCCUUCCUUCUCUUCUCUCUCUCCACAGUUUGCCGGAAGCCUUCAUCUCCAGCGCAAAUCUUCUUCUCCAGCGCAAAUAAUCUCCUUCCACCAGGUUUUUCUUUAAACUUUUUUUUUUUAAAUAUGCAUAUAUAAUUUUCUCACUUAAUAUAUAAAAAAUAA